CUCCAACCUUCAAAUGUAUCAUUGUAUUUUAAAUCUUCUGAUUAAGAAGUUCUCCGAGCUUAAAGUCCAAGUCCAAUUGUUCUAAAACAUGUUUAUGGUUCAGGUCUUUACUGUCACAUAUUAUUUUUUAGCACUUUAAAGAAUCGACCAUUAGAUUGUAUUAUAUACUAUGUUCAACGCGUGCAUGGUUCAUCCUGUAAAUCGAGCCACCGUUUUUUGUUUUUUUUUCACAUAUUUUCAGUCCUCUUGCUGCUAAAAAGAUUUUUUUCCGGAAAUAAUUCCAAAACGUUUAUAGAGCGUGAGAGCAUUAAUAUCUUCAAAUAUUAGCUAAGUAACUUGAAUGUUAGAAUAAUAUAAAAAUAACACCGACAUCUUCCAGACACUUUGUCUGACUUAUUUUACCUCCAUUCUGUUUUUGUAUCAAUUGGGUUCUUGUGUCAGCUCCGGUCACAUUUCGUCUUUUGAGACUUUUCCAUCUUGUUUUGACAAGUUGGUUUCCGGAAAUAGGACAUGUAUUUCUGGCUGCUUCACGAACGCUUCAAAGUUCCUGCAGAGUGACUAUUGGUCUGAUGAGCUGUCAGUCACCGGGGAGGCUAUGGGCGGUGACGGGGGUGAAGGUUCACCUGUUUUACUCUCUAGGAUUUCCUUGUCAUGCGACCCUUAUCUUCCCCAGCGCUCUGGCGGGAAAACCCACUGAUUUAAGGAUGAGCGGGGGGGUCCAGGCCUCCGUGUUCUUCCUCGGGCUUCCUGCCCUGAAGAAUCUGUGCUGCGUGUCUCUGAGUCUUCAGGAGGAGGACGAGGACCUGAGGAGCAGACAGAUGAAGACCUGCAGAGAGCUGGUGCUGCUGUACUCUGAUGUUCUGGCGUCUCCGGCUCUGGACUCCUUCUUUGACGUGGUCGUGGUCGUAGCUAUCCCUUUCUACCAGAGAGGAAUCCUGCAGGUGUUUGGACAGAGACGCAGUCUGCGGCUGGGCUGUCCUCAGGUGGUGUCUCCUCACGUCCUCCAGUGUUGUCUGUCCUACUCUCUGAUCACUCGCCUGGCUCCCGGCUGGAACAAGGCUGGACUCUACCUGAUCGCAGGGAAAGACUUCCUGACUGAGGACGGGCGGCUGGACGCCGUCGGCCUGGAGCUGACUACCAGUGAGGGUCAGCUGUGCAUCAGCGUUGAAGCCAACGUGGUCCGACUUCCACCAAUCAGACUGGAGGACUUUGAUUUUGCUCCGAUGGUCCUGAGGAGGUUCUGCUCCGAUCCGGACUCCGUCCUCGACACCGGGGGGGCCGUGUGGUGUCACGUCCUGCCCAGCAUGAAGAGAGGUCAGAUCAUCAACAUCAGCCGUCAGCUGCCCAGAGACGGACCAUUCAGAACCUACAGAGACCUGCAGGACCACUGGAACCACCUGUACGGCUACAGACUCCCUGACCUCGCUGAAGAAGAGGUGGUCUACUGCAGCGUCUACUUUAGACUGGUGGGGGAGAGACUCUUCACAUACCCUCUGAGCUGCGUCCGCCUGCAGCCCGUGCAGCGCUGCCCCCGAGCCGGCCCUCAGGCGGCGCCGUGCCACUUCCUGUCCGUCCUAAGGGACGGACUGCGCUCCGUGUGCGGCUUCCCUGCGCCGCUCAGCGGGAAACCCCGUUACCGUACCGUGGGCCUGAGCCCCGCCGCCGCUCCACAGGUGCCAGGUGGUGAGCAGAUUAACUUGAGCGCCACCUCAUCCUCCAUCAGGCCGGUCCUCAGUCAGCUGCCCCCGCCCCCCCCUCCUCUUCCCCUCCGAGCCGUGAAGCCCGGUUUCGGGUCGCAGCCUCUCACCUGGCAGGACGGAGCCCAGAGGCUUCUGGGUAACAGACUGAUGCAAAGUCAGGAGUGCAGAGGAGAGCCUCCAUCAUCAUCCUCCUCCUCCUCUUCCUCGGUCCCCCCGCCUCUCCCCCCCGUGAUGUCCUCCACGCAGCUGGUUCCCAUCUUCAGGAACAAGUGUCCUUCUCGCCUCGUCAACGUGGCGCUGCUGCGGCUCCAGAAGCAGAGGGAGCAGCUAAUUGGUCGAGGGGAGGAGAGGGGGAGGGUCACACUGCCUGCCUUCAGGACGACGACCGCCACUUCUUCUUCGUUGGUUUCCCCUCCGGCGGCGGCGUGCCUCCCGCCUCCUGCUGUGUCAGGCGCUGCUUGCUUCAACCGACCCCACGAACCUCCUCCGCCGGGACUCAGACGCAUCGGCAGCCUCAGUCCGGCCUCAAGGCCCAGACCCGGGUUCCUCCUGGCUCCGAAGGCGGAGAUCCCCAGACCCAGGUCCAGAAGCACUGCUACUCCACCUUCUGACAUCUCCAACCGACGUCCUUCAGCCGCUCCACCUUCUGAUUUUUGCUUCAAACGUCCCUCAACUGCACCACCCUCUGACGUUGUCAAACACCCUUUAGCCGCUCCACCUUCUGACGCCUCCAUCAAGGAGAGCUCCAGCAGCAUCCGACGGAGAGUCGAGUCCAAGCAGAAGAAUCCCAGAUCAGAGACACGAGACGUGGAGCAGAUGGCCAGAAGCAACCAGCUGUCCAGGCUGAGCUGUGUCUCUCUGCUGUUGUGGCUGAAGGGUCGAGGAGUGACGGUCAAACCUAAAGACAAGAAGGGGGAGCUGAUGCUGAAGGUCAUGAGCUGUCUGGCUGAGGCCUGAGACGCACACCACACACUCACUCACACACACAAGCACUCACGCACACACACGCGCACACACUCACACAUAUAAUUAAGAGCGGCUUGUUUAUGGAUUCAAUGUGAAACGUGUCCAUCUUUAUCUAAUCUGCUCGGUGAGAUGUUCAAAGUGACACGUUUGCUCUUUGUUCUUUUUGGUGUCGCCGGGUUUGUUUGAUUUGAGACACCAGAUGUUUAGGGGUUAAAGGUCACCGGCACGUUUACUUCUUUCGUUCAGCAGCUCUUAAGUGGCUUCUUGCUAAUAUGUUAAAUUAAACCACAUUAACAGUUCACUUCUUUUUAUUUCUUUGAAAAAUUGUUUGGAAUUUUAAACAGUCCUUAUUCUAUAGAUAAUUAUCUCUAUUAUAUAACAAUAUUUAACUUGUUUGUUAAAAAAUGUAAAAUGAUAUUAAAAUGCUGAAAUAUAUUCUAUAUUUUCUACUUGAAGUGA